UAAAUUACACAGAAAUAGUUCAAAACUCACUUACCCGAGUGUAAUAAAAACAUGGGGCAAUCACACUCAUGUGUUAAAUAAUAGUUUUAUUGUUUUUGGUACUGAAAUAACGAAAAUGAAUGUUUCUAGUCGUUUUAUAAUACAAAAUAUAGUUAAAAAUGAUUUAAAACGUAUAGUUCCAUAUUCAACUAAACCACAAGUGAGUGAGACUAACCAACAACAAAGAGUUCAGCACCAAAGUAAUGAAAACAGUGGAGGUAGUAGGAAGCCGCUAGUACCGGCUACAUACCGAUUCGUGUAUCCAGAGUUUUUACCAGACCCAAAAAUAGAAUGGAGAAAUCAUGUGCGCGAAAAGCUUGAACGUAUGGAUAUGGUAAAUCGACGCACACAAAUUGAUAUACCAGAAUUUUACGUUGGUUCCGUACUGGCUGUGACUAGUUCUGACCCACAUUCUGUUGGCAAAAUAACUCGUUUCGUUGGUAUAUGCAUACAUAGAGAAUUUUGUGGAUUGUCAGCACGUUUUAUACUGCGUAAUGUAAUUGAUCAUCAAGGCGUGGAAGUGCUUUACGAAAUGUAUGAUCCAACAAUUCAAAAAAUUGAGGUUCUACGCUUAGAAAAGCGACUUGAUGACAAAUUAUUUUAUCUACGUGAUGCUUUGCCUGAAUAUAGUACAUUUGAUGUAAAUAUGGAACCAGAACAAUUAGAAGAAGGUGCUGAAGUGCCUAUUAACCCAAUAAAAGUAGUUUUGCGACCACGUCCUUGGCUGGAACGUUGGGAGCGACAAAAUCUUCAAGGUGUUGUUGAUACUGAUUCAUUUAUAACAGAUAAAAUGCGAAUGCAAAAGAAGAAACACGAGACACCUUGGGAAAAAUACGAUAUGAUGAAACAGUAUCGCGCCACUAUACCUGAGGAAGAACAAAGGAUAAUAUAUGCAGAUGUACAUUCCCAACUCCAUCAGUUGGAACUACAGCGUAAAAAGAAUAAACGUAAACGAUCGUUUAUUAAACCAACACAAUUGGCGUAAACACUUGUAUUUUUUAUGAAAUUGUUAAGAAAAAUAAAAAAUAUGUUUUC